AAUUUCCUUGUCAACCCUGAACACGUCGGAGAGAAAUAAAGAUAGAGCUGAUACCGUCGUACAAACGCAUUGACCCUAAAGGACUUGAUGCAAACGAUCAUUAGGUUUAACGAAGUUUAGCGAAAAUGCCGGGUGACGACAAGGAUGCUGGCCACGAUGAAGGCCCUGUUGAGUUGUCCCAAGAAGAGUAUGCGUGGUUGCAACAACAGCUAGAAAGGGCAGCGCUUGAAGCUGGCGAGGAUAAUGGCGGCUAUACUGAUUGGGAAGACCCAACUGGGGGCGCGUUGACGCAGCUGCUGUCGGCCUGCGAGGACGGCUCGACUGAGCUCGUUGAGGAACUGUUGCGGAGCUUCCCCGGUGAUGUUAACACGCCCGGUCCCGACGGAGAUGCCGCAUUGAACUUGGCGUGCCUUUUCGGCCACGUCGAGUGCGUCCAAGCGCUCCUGGCUGGCGGCGCCGAUGCAAACAUCGUCAACCCUGAGGACAAGUCGACCGCUCUUCAUGACGCUGCAGCAGGCGGCUACUUAGAGAUCUGCGAGAAGCUGCUUGAAAAAGCCGAUGGGGCGAUCGUCAACAAAGCUGACGAAGACGGGGACACACCACUGCACAACGCAGCGCGCGGAAACCACACGGCAGUUGUGAAGCUGCUUCUAGCGCGAGGGGCUGAUCGUAAUAUGCAGAAUGGGUGUGGGAACAAGCCGGUUGAUGAGGCGGAGGAAGAGGAGGUCAAGGAACUGUUGCGCGAGGCGUAGGCACUGCUUUCGUUUUGCAAUGGGCAUGGCAUUGAGUGCUGUCUUGGAACUUCGAGCUUCUAGUUAUGCGCGUAACGCCCCUUAAGUUGCAGCAUGGCGUCGUGCGUACAUGUUGCCGUAAGGCCACUGACUUGAUGACCGGCACGUUGGCUUUUCUGGGCUUUCCAUUCCCAUUUUCGUUCUGGUGCACAUCUUAAAGUGGUACUAAUUACAUUAUAUACUUAGUACAUAUAAGCGCAUGGCCUUCCUCGAACUGCUUCGGUCAGCCCCCAAGCGCACGUUGUCCGACGUUUUACGCAAGCUCCCACAACAUGGAGUAGGGUCACUUGUAACAAGGGACACAUGGCAUCCAGCGGGCAAUAAAUAUUGGCAAAUCGUUGAGGUCGUCCCGUUGCCGGAUGAUCCUACGAAGCUGAGCGUCUGGGGCGUCAAGUACUACAGAGGCGAGCGCGUGAAUGCGGAGCCUAAGCGCAUCGCCUCCGUUUGGAAGUACGGGUGGAUGCUGAAAGCCGCUCCGGAGUCCACUGGCACCUACCAGCAGCUAGCGGCCCGGAGAGCAGCAGCCGCGGCCGCGUCCCUAACGGCCGCCUCAGGGCAGGGUGCGGCAGCGUCAUCAUAGUUCCGGCGAUGUUGCAACUAAGAGUUGGAGCUGAAGGCGGAACUGGAUGUGUGGGGUGCUCUGUUAGCGCUGGGCACGCAGCCAUGAGCUCGGGCAGCGGUGUUGACGGUGUGGUGGGCAAGGGAUGUCGGGGUGGCUGUCCCGGCGUUUCGUGCUUGUUGGGAUUACUGGCUUGCGGUGCGGUGCGGUGCGGCGCAUGUGCAUGGAGGGCGUAAAAGCGCUGGGCGGCAUGUGCGUUCAUGCUCGGCAUGCGCCCCGCUGACAGCCUGCUCAGUACAGCGACGUGGUGGGGCGGGGGUGUGAGGGCGUGCGCAAGUCCACCGUAUCCAGUCCUCGGGGGCACGUGCUUGCACCUCUCCUUUGGUCCAGGUGCAGGGUGUUUCCUUUUCGUUUGCGACCGCUGGUGACGUGAGAGGGUUGGAAGCAGCGAAGAGGAGGUGGAAGAGCGAAUCGGCAGUGAUAGAAGGCUAAGCAAAUAGACGAAGUGCACGGAGCGCUCGGUAGCGGUCUAUUCGGGCUAAGCGCGCUCCCCUUUCUGUGCCAAUUAUUAAUGUACAUAUCUUGGCGCCGGACGCAGUGAUGGGGGUUGGCGCGUGAGGGGUAUUCGUCCUGCAACCUCUUACACAGCUUGAGUAAGAACCGCUUCUAAUCAACGAAAUGCACGAAUGACUUGGCAAUUG